CUUGGGCUAGUGUGGGGGUAAAGACCCCAUCACAGCAUUCGUGGGUAAUACCUCAUGCAUCAGUGUCAAAAUUUAAGGAUAGAGAAAGCAAUUCAUGAGUUCCUGGCUGCACAAAAGAAAGAGGAAACUGUGCCAGCUCUUCCACCAGAGCCUGAGAAUCAGGAUCCUCCUGCUCCAUCCCAAGAUGCCUCGCAAAGACAACUGGUUAAUUCCAGACUAGUUACUGAACCACUGGACCAGUCAGUAUUUGCUGCUUCACAAUUGCAUGCUGGAGACACAACAUAG